AUGAACCCUCCCUAUGGAUUCUGCCAGUGAACAGUGCAGCCCCUUACUGCGAGUGCUGCGGGCAGGAUGCCGCAAAACCCACCCCCAAAGGGAACCAGUCGCACUGCAAGAAAGGAAGCUGGGGACGGUGGGACUCUUCCUUCCAAAGACCAGCAAGACAACAAAUCCUCCUUUCUCAACGAUACCCUAAGAUGCCCACCAGAAGGAUUCCAAGCCAGUAUGAAGUUUAGCCUAUCCUUUACUCCAAAGCCUCCUCGGAAACCAAGGCUUGAGCGAACCUGCUCUCUUGAUGAACUGAUUGGGCGGAGGAGGCGACUCUUCAGAAUGAGCCAAGACAGCUUGACCGAUGUGGCAGAGGUGGGCUCCUCUACCAGAUCCCUGCAGGGGGGGAGUUCUCCGGGAGGGCUCCAGCGUGCCUCCUGCAGCAAUCAGGACCAGGAGUCUCUGCACAGCUUGCAUGAAGCCUCCGAAACUCCCCACAUCAGGAAAGGCGAGGUCAGCCUUUCCGACUCAUGUGAGAAGCUUUCUUCAUGUAAAAAGCCUCCGUUGCCCCAGGUAACGCCCACCCAUCCUCCUCCUCCUCUGGAACUCGGUGGCUCCUUCCCUGCUUUGAGGACAGCUAAUAGGAUUGACCCGGACUGUGCAGAUUACAGGCCUUUUUCCCGGAGCUUGUGCGCAAGGGCAGGCAGCAGCUGGAGCGACACCAAGCUGCACAGCCAAGGGAUGGUCUGCGACAACUGCUCCACGGCCUCCAUGAAGUCCACCUUCAGCCUUCUGACACCCCUCCGUGUCCGAGAUGUGCGUAGCAGAAGCUACCUGGAAGGCAGCCUGCUGGCCAGCGGUGCUUUGCUGGGAGCCGAAGAGUUGAACCGGUAUUUCCCUGAUCGGAGUAUUGGGAUCUUUGUGGCCACCUGGAACAUGCAGGGCCAAAAGGAGCUCCCUGAACUGCUGGAUGAUUUGCUGCUGCCGUCAGACCCUGACUAUGCCCAGGACAUGUAUGUGAUAGGGAUCCAAGAAGGCUGUCCAGAUAGGCGAGAAUGGGAGAUCCGCCUGCAGGAGACACUCGGCCCCCACUAUGUCAUGCUGCACGCAGCUGCCCAUGGAGUGCUGUACAUGUCGGUCUUCUUGCGCAGGGAUCUCAUCUGGUUCUGUUCAGAGGUGGAGUAUGCCACAGUGACAACUCGCAUCGUGUCCCAGAUCAAAACCAAGGGUGCCCUGGGAGUCUGCUUUACUUUCUUCGGCACAUCCUUCCUUUUCAUCACAUCCCAUUUCACAUCUGGAGAUGGCAAAGUCUACGAGAGGGUGCUGGACUACAACAAGACCAUCCAGGCUCUUGCGCUACCCAAAACCAUUCCAGAUACCAACCCCUAUCGCUCCAGUCCAUCAGACGUCACAACACGUUUUGAUGACGUCUUCUGGUUCGGAGACUUCAAUUUCCGCCUGAAUGAGGAUCGGGAGGUGGUGGAGCAGAUCCUUAACCAAGGCCUGGAAACAGACAUUUCGAAGUUGCUACAGCGUGACCAGCUACUUAAGGAAAUGGAUAAUGGGUCUAUUUUCAAGGGGUUCCAAGAGGCUCCCAUCCAUUUUCGUCCUUCCUACAAAUUUGACAUUGGCCGGGACACCUAUGACACUACCUCCAAGCAGAGGACCCCUUCAUACACGGAUCGAGUGAUAUUCCGAUGCCGUAAUAAGGGCGACAUUCAAGCUGUGAAAUAUUGUUCCUGCCUUGGGAUGAAAACAUCAGACCACAGGCCUGUUUAUGGGUUGUUCCGUGUCAAAGUGAGACCUGGAAGGGACAACAUCCCCCUUGCUGCAGGGCUGUUUGACCGAGAGCUGUAUUUGAUUGGCAUCAAGAGGCGCAUCACGAGGGAACUGCAGGAAAAGCGGGCUCUGAAGGACCAGAAAGGCAGCACUGUCUGUUCUGUUUCCUGACCUCAAAGCACAUUGGGA